ACACACAGCCAGGAAGUCAGCAGGGUCAACCCAGUUCACUACAUCCGUGUUUUUCGCACAAGACAGGUACAAGGUGUACGACACUUAAAGGAAGUCGUACAUGGUCUCGUCUCCCGCUGCAGGACCGAGAACAAGCUGAGUUGCUGAGCAGGAACUGGAGAAAUAACAACAUGGGGAGCAAAUGCUCUUCCCUCAGAAGAGACAAAACAAAGAGAGACAACAAAACAAACCAAAAGAAAGAGGAAGUUUCCGACACAGUGAAAGAACAUUCUCCUCUCCUCCAAAGACAGACUCUGCAGGACAAAGGGGAACAUCUUGAGGCUGGAUCGGUGAAUGAGACUCCAUGCAGCCAAGCUGGAUUCACUUCCUCAGAACAAAAUGACUUCAGUGAAAGUCUGGCAAACGAGUACACGUUUGCAGGCGUUCAUAACCCGAGCCCUUGCCUGUCUGAUUUGGAAUCAUCCGCUGCAGAGCAGAAAGAAGCUGACUGGUUGGACAACAACAGGGCUGAUCUCAUUCAGAACAUCACUGAAGUGAUGCCCAUAGCAGAUCUGAUGCUUCAGAGGGGAAUUAUCCAUAAAGAGAUGUACAACCGAAUCAAGAGUGAAACUGUGGCGCAGGAUGGGAUGAGGGAAAUCUUCAGCACUACCACGUGUACAAAAACUAAAUCUGCCUUCUACAGAAUCCUCCAAGAAAUUCAUCCUGAGAUAAGUCCUAAAGAUUUCAUCAAAGAAGUCGUCAGAAGGAACAAAGAAUAUUUGAGGGAAAAGUGUUCGUGGCAGCUUGAAGGCACCGGAAAAUCUCGUGACGAUGAAAAACCACUGGACAAGAUUUUCACAGAGCUUCACAUUGUUCAAGGAGAGAAUGAAGAUAUCAAUAAACAACAUGAGAUUUGGGAAAUUGAAGAUAAAUCAAGGAACCAAACAGCAAAGGGGAUUAAAAUCAACUGCAAUAAUAUCUUUAACACCACUCCAGAAAACACAGCAUCAUUUAAGCGAGAUGAAAGAAGAGUGAAAACCAUCAGGACUGUGAUGACCAAGGGAAUAGCUGGAAUUGGAAAAACUGUCUCUGUGAAGAAGUUCAUUCUUGACUGGGCUGACGGUCGUGCCAAUCAGGACUUGGACUUCAUUUUCAUGUUUCCAUUCAGGGAGCUGAAUCUGGUCAUAAAUCAGGAGUUUAGCCUUGAGGAACUAGUGAGGGAAUUCCAUCCAAAGCUUAGUGUCAAAGCAGCUGCAAUAAUAUUUUCAGAAAUAAAAACGUACAAAGUCUUGUUCAUUUUUGAUGGUCUCGAUGAAAGUCAGCUGAAACUGAAAUUCAAAGACACCAAAAGACUCUCAGAGCCCUCAAAGAAAUCCUCAGUGGACACUCUGGUGACCAACCUUAUCCGAGAGCAUCUUCUUCCUUCUGCACUUGUCUGGAUAACAUCAAGACCAGGAGCAGUUCAACGUAUCCCUCGAGAGUAUGUUUACCUUUGGACGGAGGUCAGAGGUUUUAAUGAUCCACAAAAGAAGAUCUACUUCAGGAACAGAGUUGAGGACAAGGACGUUGCUGAAAGAAUCAUCAACCUCAUCACCAUGUCACGAAGCUUAUACAUCAUGUGUCACAUCCCCAUCUUCUGCUGGAUUGCCUCAAAAGUUCUUGAGUAUUUGCUUUUAAAAUCAGGCAACACUCAAGAGGAAACCAUAAAGACACCGACAACUCUCACCGAGAUGUACUCGCACUUCUUUCUUAUCCAGAUGACGGUUGCUACUGACAAAUACGACGGAGAGGAGAAGACUGAAGCAGAGGAGAUCUUCAAGUCAAAUGAGGAGUUCAUCUCCAGAUUAGGCAGGUUGGCAUUUGAAAAGUUGGAAAAAGGUGAAAUCAUCUUCAGUGGGGAAGAUCUGAAAAAGUACGGCAUUGACAUGGACAAAGCUGGAGUCUACUGUGGAUUCUGUACAGCGAUAUUCAAAGUGGAGAGUGUGUUCAAUACCAAGAAACUCUACUGCUUUGUGCAUUUGACAGUCCAGGAGUAUUUUGCAGCUCUCUUUGUGUACCGAAGUUUCGCAAGAAAAUCCAUUGAGUCUCCAAUCCUCAAGAAUUUCUUGCUGGUAGGAUCUGAUGAGGAUCUUGAGUCUGUCCUGGAUGCAGAUCCAGUUGAUCUACCCCUAGAUGAGUUGAUGGAAAUUGCAAUAGCUAAUUCAGCUCCAAGAGAAACGGGAGAACUGGACAUGUUCCUCAGGUUCCUAAUUGGUUUGUCCUUACAGUCAACACAAAAACUGCUUUACGGCCUGAUUCAGCAGACAGAGGAACACUCUGAAGUUGUUGAAGAGAUUGUGAAGAGUCUAAAAGAAAUAGAUCUAGAUAACUGCUCACCUGAAAGAUGCCUGAACCUUGUCCACUGCCUGGUUGAGCUGAAGGACACUGCCAUACAUGAUGCUGUCCAGCGGUAUCUUGCACCAAAUCAGAGUCCAGAAACACAACUCUCCCCUGUUCAGUGUUCAGCUUUGGCAGAUUCCAUUCUCAUGUCCUCUACACCUCUGGAUGAAUUCAACCUGAUGAAAUUCAGGCCGACAGUAAAAGGUAUUUUACGGCUUCUCCCAGCUGUGAGGAACAGCAGGAAAGUAACAAUCUCAGAUGUGUUUUUCCGUUCUCGGGAGUGUGAAGCAAUCUCUUCAGCUCUGCAGAUGCCAAACUCUGUGCUGACUGAACUGCAUCUGGUAAACAAUGACUAUUCUGAUAACCACAUUCACAUCUUGGCUAACGCACUAGUAAAUGCACAGUGUCAACUCGAAGCUCUCAGUCUCUCAGGGUACGGCGUAUCACUUGUGCUAAAUCAACUGGCACCGAAUAUUAAACCAGUCAUCUCAAAUCUAAGAGAGCUGGAGCUAAGUGACAUGCGGACAACUUCAUUGAUCUCCGUUACCGCUGCUGGGCUGAUCAACCCUAAACUGGAGAAACUCAGGCUGAAACGAAACAUUGGAAUCUCUGAUAUCUGCAAGGAGAUUGCAACAGCAUUCACAUCCAAACCAUCCAACCUGCGAGAGUUGGAACUGAGUUACAGCAACUUUACAGAUUCAGAGAUGGAAGUCCUCUCAAGAGCACUGACGAGUGCCAACUGUAAACUGGAGACACUGAGUCUCAGUCACAACACAUUGACUGUGGAAAGCUGUAAGAUGUUGGGCUCAGAACUCAGCUCCAGACCUUCCCGUCUAAGAGAGCUGGACCUGAGCUACAAUGACCUGCACAGCUCAGGACUGAUGGAGCUCUGUAAUCCACUGAUGAGCCAACACUGCAGCUUGAAAACUCUGAGGUUGUGUUUCUGUAAAGUGACAGGAGAUGAAUGUUCCUCUGUGGUGUCGGCUCUGAGGUCUGACCACUGCAAGCUCAGAGAUCUGGACCUGAGCUUCAAUUACCUCACUGAUCAACAAGUCAAACUGCUGACUGAAAUACAGGAGGAUUCACGCUGCAGUCUGGAGAACCUCAAUGUGGACCAUAAUGAAGAAUGCUGGGUAAAUCUGAAGCUACUCAGACAAUACGCCUGUGAUCUGACGCUGGAUCCCAACACAGUUGGAAAGACGAUCAUUUUGACUGAGGAGAACAAAAUGGCAACAUUUGACCCAGAGAUGGAACAAUAUCCUGAUCAUCCAGAUAGAUUUGCUACACCUCAAGUGCUGUGUAAGGAGGCUCUGACUGGUCGUCAUUACUGGGAGGCUGAGUGUUAUAUUUCAGGUGAAGUUGGAGUUGCAUACAAAAGUAUUCCCAGGAAUGGGGACUGUUCAUCUGACUUCACUUUCGGGAAAAAUGAAAAGUCUUGGUGCGGGAACAUUGAGAAUUCUAAUUCCUCUAAUUCAUCUGAAACAGUUUUGGUGUUAAAAACAAGCAACGUAGGAGUGUAUCUGGACUGGCCAGCAGGAAUGUUAUCCUUUUUUGAAGUCUUUCCUGAAACACUGACCCAUCUGUACACUGUACGCACAACCUUCACUGAGCCGCUCCAUCCUGGUUUUGGACUUACAAGUGGAUUUGUUUCCCUCAGGAAAAUACAUAUGGAAUAGUGAAAAGAGGCAAAAGAAAGAUUAAAUAGUGUCUCAACAGUUGCGAAAAGGCUAAGUAGUCACUGACUCAGCAUAAUUGUUUAGGGUAGGUGUCUAAAAAACUGUUUACACUAUAACACAAUACCGCUCUUACCUUCAUCAAUGUGACACAUUAAAUAAAAUGUACUAUGUCAGAAUUCAUGUAGAUAAAGGCCUACUCAGAGGAUGGAGGUGAUGGACUACAGUGCCCCCCCAACAAAAUCUAGUUGAUAUUAACAGAUAUAAACACAUUGCUGAAAAGGGGGCUGUUGUAUCAUACUUUAAUCUCAUGGUACAUUGAAAAAUCACGUGUAAUUGAACUUGAUUAGACCAUUUCUGAGAGUAGCAAAAAAAAACUGUGAAACUGUGGUGUUUUCAAGCCAGCUAAGGUACGUAUCUCUCCAGUUUAUCCUGGAUCAUAUGUGUGGUUCUCUGCCCCGUCAAGCAUGUCCAAAACACCACCUGGGGGUAUAUUACCCACAUCCCCAAACCACCUCAAUUGGCUGUUCUGGAGGUGGAGGAGCAGCAACUCUACUACAAGUCCCUCUUGAAUGGUUGAUCUUAUCACACUAGCUCUGACCAAGAGUCCAGACACCCUGGAUUCAUUUCAGUGGAAGAAAUUAACUUCAGCCAGUAAAUAAACUUGUAAAAAGUCCUGCAAUUUGGCUCAAGUCUCUCUUCAUCACACCAGACUACUAAGGAGUUAGUAUCACUGUACACCUCACGAUGAUCUGCCUGUCAAUCUCCCACUUCAUUUUUUCCUUUACUUUGAACAAGACCUUAAAAUACUACAUAGAAUAGAAUAGAAUAGAACAGAGUAGAAUAGAACAGAGUAGAAUAGAACAUCAACUUUAUUGUCAAACAAAACAUACAGUAGCUAGUGCACACCUGGCUGAAAUUUCUAUGCAACAGCUCGCCAUCGGACUGGUAAAUAAUACAAUUAUAUGAAAUUAGAACAAUUGGAAUAUACAUACAUGUAUAUGUAUAUGUGUGUAUAUAUAUAUAUAUAUAUAUAUAUAUAUAUAUAUAUAUAUAUAUAUAUAUAGCCGCAUCUGAAAUGAA